AUGGAGUGUGGAAAGAGCUUCAGUACGAGCAGUAGCCUGACUGUACAUCAAAGAAUUCACACAGGAGAGAAACCAUAUCAAUGCAUGCAGUGUGGAAGAAGUUUUAGACAGAGCAGUAAACUUACUUUACACCAAAGAACCCACACAGGGGAGAAACCAUAUCAAUGCAUGCAGUGUGGAAAGAGCUUUGGAACUAGCUAUCACCAUACUAUACAUAGAAGAACCCACACAGGGGAGAAACCAUAUCAAUGCAUGGAAUGCGGAAAAAGCUUUAGUGACAGCAGUCAACUUAAUACACAUAGAAGAACCCACACAGGGGAGAAACCAUAUCAAUGCAUGGAAUGCAGAAAGAGUUUUAGUCAAAGUCAUAACCUUAAUGCACAUCAAAAAACCCACACAGGAGAGAAGCCUUAUGAAUGUAUGGCGUGUGGAAAGUGUUUCAGUAUGCGUCACCACCUUACUUCACACCAAAGAACACAUACAGGGGAGAAACCGUAUAAAUGCAUGGAGUGUGGAAAGAGCUUCAGUAUGAGCAGUAGCCUGACUGUACAUCAAAGAAUUCACACAGGAGAGAAACCUUAUGAAUGUAUGGCAUGUGGAAAGAGCUUUAAUAGGAGUCAAAUGCUUACUCAACAUCAGAGAACCCAUACAGGGGAGAAACCGUAUAAAUGCAUGGAGUGUGGAAAGAGCUUCAGUAUGAGCAAGAGCCUUACUGUACAUCAGAGAACCCACACAGGGAUGAAACCAUAUCAUUGCAUGGAAUGUGGAAAGAGUUUUAGUCAAAGAUAUCUUACUGCACAUCAAAGAACCCACACAGGUGAGAAACCACAUCAAUGCAUGGAAUGUGGAAAGAGCUUUAGUGUCAGCAGUCAACUUACCACACAUAAAAGAACCCACACAGGGGAGAAGCCAUAUCAAUGCAUGGAAUGUGGAAAGCGCUUUAGUGACAGCAGUCAACUUACUGCACAUAGAAGAACCCACACAGGGGAAAAACCAUAUCAAUGCAUGGAAUGUGGGAAGAGCUUCAGCAAAAGCAGUAACCUUAGGAUACACCAAAGAACUCAUACAGGGGAGAAACCAUAUAAAUGUAUGGAUUGUGGAAAGAACUUUAUUGACAGCAGUCAACUUACUACACAUAGAAGAACCCACACAGGGGAGAAACCAUAUCAGUGCAUGGAGUGUGGAAAGAGCUUCAGUACAAGCAGUAGCCUUACUAUACAUAGAAGGACCCACACAGGGGAGAAACCAUAUCAAUGCAUGGAAUGUGGAAAGAGCUUUAAUAGUAGUCAAAUGCUUACUCAACAUCAGAGCACCCAUACAGGGGAGAAACCAUAUAAAUGCAUGGGGUGUGGAAAGAGCUUCAGUACGAGCAGGAGCUUUACUGUACAUCAGAGAAUCCACACAGGGAAGAAAACACAUCAAUGCACGGAAUGUGGAAAGAGUUUUAGUCAAAGUCAUCAACUUACUGUACAUCAAAGAACCCACACAGGGGAGAAACCAUAUCAAUGCAUGGAAUGUGGAAAGAGCUUUAAUGUCAGCAGCCAACUUACUACACAUAGGAGAACCCACACAGGGGAGAAACCAUAUCAAUGCAUGGAAUGUGGAAAGAGCUUCAGCAAAAGCAGAUCUCUUACUGUACAUACAAGAACCCACACAGGGGAGAAACCAUAUCAAUGCAUGGAAUGUGGAAAGCGUUUCCGUGACAACAAAACCCUUCAGGUACAUCAAAAAAUCCACAUAGGGGAGAAGCCAUAUAAAUGCAUCAAGUGUGGGAAGAGCUUCUGUGACAGCAGUUCCCUUAAGAAACAUCAAAGAAUCCACACAGUUGAGAAACAACAUCAAUGCAUGGAAUGUGGAAAGAGCUUCAGCAGAAGCAGAUCUCUUACUGUACAUACAAGAACCCACACAGGGGAGAAACCAUAUCAAUGCAUGGAAUGUGGAAAGAGUUUCCGUGACAACAAAACCCUUCACGUACAUCAAAAAAUCCACAUAGGGGAGAAGCCAUAUAAAUGCAUCGAGUGUGGGAAGAGCUUCUAUGAGAGCAGUACCUGUAGAAUACAUCAAAGAAUUCACACAGGGGACAAGCCAUAUAAAUGCAUGGAGUGUGGAACGAGCUUCAGGGAUGGCAGUACUCUUAGGGCACAUCAAAGAAUACACACAGGGGAGAAACCAUAUAAAUGCAUAGACUGUGGAAAGAGCUUCCGCACAAGCAGUUGCCUUACUAUACAUAGAAGAAUCCACACAGGGGAGAAGCCAUAUAAAUGCAUCGAGUGUGGGAAGAGCUUCAAUGAGAGCAGUACCUGUAGAAUACAUCAAAGAAUCCACACAGGGGACAAACCACAUCAAUGCAUGGAGUGUGGGAAGAGUUUCCGUGACAGCAAACCCCUUAGGAUACAUCAAAAAAUCCACACAGCGGAGAAACCACAUCAAUGCAUGGAGUGUGGAAAGAACUUUCGUAACAGGAGUCACCUUACUAGACAUAGAAGAACUCACACAGGGGAGAAACUGUAUCAAUGCAAGGAGUGUGUGAAGAGCUUCUGUGACAGCGGUUCCCUUAAGAUACAUCAAAGAAUCCACACGGGUGAGAAACCAUUUCAAUGCAUGGAAUGUGGGAAGAGCUUCAGGGGGGGCGGUGCUCUUAGGACACAUCAAAGAAUCCACACAGGGGAGAAACCUUAUCAAUGCAGGGAGUGUGGAAAGAGCUUCCGUUUGAGCAGUCCCCUUACUAGACAUAGAAGAACCCACACAGGGGAGAAACUGUAUCAAUGCAUGGAGUGUGGGAAGAGCUUCAGUGCCAGCAGUUACCUUAAGAUACAUCAAAGAAUCCACACGGGUGAGAAACCAUUUCAAUGCAUGGAAUGUGGGAAAAGCUUCAGGGAGGGCAGUACUCUUAGGACACAUCAAAGAAUCCACACAGGGGAGAAACCUUAUCAAUGCAGGGAGUGUGGAAAGAGCUUCAGCACAAGCAGUCAACUUAGGAAACACCAAAGAAUACACACAGGAGAAAUAUCUUUCCUCACAUCAAAGAAUCCACACGGGGAGAAACCAUAUCAAUCCAUGGCGUGUGGAACAAGCUUCCGUGUGAGCAGUAAUAUUUCUUCACAUCAAAGAAUUCACACAGGGGAGAGACCAUAUAAGUGCAUGGAAUGUGGAAAGGGCUUUAAUUAUAGCAGUCAACUUACUAUACAUAGAAGAACCCACACAGGGGAGAAACCAUAUCAGUGCAUGGAAUGUGGAAAGAGCUUUAGCAAAAGCUGUACCCUUACGAUACAUCAAAGAAUACACACAGGGGACAAACCAUACCAAUGCAUGGAGUGUGGGAAGAGCUUCCGUGAGAGCAGUACCCUUAGAAUACAUCAAAGGAUCCACAUAGGGGAGAAGCCAUAUCAAUGCAUGGAGUGUGGGAAGAGCUUCCGUAACAGUAAUACCCUUAGGAUGCAUCAGAGAAUUCACACAGGUGAGAAACCAUAUAAAUGCAUGGAGUGUGGAAAGAGCUUUAGCCUAAGCGAUAGCCUUAGAAUACACCAAAGAAUUCACACAGGAGAGAAACCAUAUAAAUGCAUGGAGUGUGGAAAGAGCUUUAGUACCACCAGUUACCUUACUAUACAUAGAAGAACCCACACAGGGGAGAAACCAUAUCAAUGCAUGGAAUGUGGAAAAAGCUUCCGUAACAGUAAUACCCUUAGGAUGCACCAAAGAAUUCACACAGGUUACAAACCACAUCAAUGCAUGCAGUGCGGGAAGAGUUUCUGUGACAGCAGUACCCUUAGGAUACAUCACAGAAUCCACAUAGGGGCCAACCCAUAUAAAUGCAUGGUAUGUGGAAAGAGAUUCCGUCAAAUCAGUCACCUUACUAUACAUAGAAGAACCCACACAGGGGAGAAACCGUAUAAAUGCAUAGAGUGUGGAAAGACCUUCAGCCAAAGCAGCAUUCUUAGUGGACAUCAAAGAAUCCACACGGAUGAGAACCCAUAUCAAUGCAUGGAAUGUGGAAAGAGCUUUAGGAACAGCAGUAACCUUAUUAUACAUAGAAGAACCCACACAGGGGAGAAACCAUAUAAAUGCAUGGAAUGUGGAAAGAGCUUCAGCACAAGUAGUCACCUUAGGAUACAUCAAAGAAGCCACACAGGGGACAAACCAUAUAAAUGCAUGGAAUGUGGAAAGAGCUUCAGUGUGAGCAGUAGUCUUUCUUCACAUCAAAGAAUUCACACAGGAGAGAAACCGUAUCAAUGCGUGGAGUGUGGAAAGAGCUUCAGCACAAGCAGCAGUCUUAGGAGACAUGAACGAAUCCACAGAGGGGAGAAAGACCUUCAGGCAGAGAGAGAGAUUUUAUUCUUAUAGAACCUCUGCUUUGCAGUGUCCUGAUUUCCAUGAACUCCUGUUCCAAAAGAUCGCAAAAGAAACAAGUUGAAAGUGUGUGUGUGUGGGGGGGAAUACUUGAAGGUCAAUUAAAAUGAUAUUUAUUUGUCAUUGCCUUUGGCUAGUACAAUAAAUUUUGAACUUUGAUUAAAAAAUGAUAUUGCAGAACCCACACAGGAAAGAAAGCAUAUCAGUGCACACUGUGGAAAGAACUUCAAUAGCGGUCACUACCUAAAUUUACAUCAAAGAAUUGACAACCGCAGUAAAACCAUAUAAAUGUAUGAAAUAAUUCAGUGAAGUGGAUCUCUUACUUUCCAUCAAAUACACUAGACAAGGGUCAAACUGUAUCACUGCAUGGCAUGUGGAAGUCAUUACUUAAUAGAGACCAAA